AUGUCUUCUACCCUCGCUGUAUCUUGGGCUGCGCUCCCAGCGGAGAUGAAGUUGGCCGUGAUCGACUACCUCGGCCUGAACGAGGUCAACUCGCUGGCCCGGGUAGACUCUACGACCUACACGACGUGCAUCCCGGCGAUGUACAAGGAUCUGCGCUUGACCAGUUACGAGUCCCUGCGAUCGUUCAUCGCCAACGUGCCUGCCGAUCGCACCCGCUACACCAGGCGCCUCAGUAUCUGCACCAAGUCUACGAACGACGAACGCUGCUUCCAAGGCCCCUUCGCCUCCUCCUCCUCCAAAACCGACUCCGAUGAGGUUCCAACUCGCACCGACGCGGUGGCCACCUUGCUCGCCCGCUGCCCCGAUCUCGAAGAACUCUCGCUCACCCUCUCCAAGUCGCUCGCCUCGCGCGUCGUGCCCCAAUUCGCGCGCCUGCACAAGCUCCGGCGCCUCUGCAUCUCCAACUGGGGCGACGAGGCCCAGAUGCCCAUUAGCGAGCGGCUCGUGGUCUCCAUCGCGCUCUCCGUGCCGUCCCUCACCCACCUCUCCCUCCGGCGCAUCUCUCGCUCGUCCUCGUACGCCCCCGAGCUCGUCGGAACCGGCGUCCCCGUCUGCGCCGGAGACGAGGGCAUCCUCGCCCCGGCCGACACGCGACUCGCGUUGCCGUCCCUGCUCUCCCUCCCCCGCCUCGUCUCGCUCGCAGUCGAAGACACCCACCUCGGCGACGAACAGUGGGCCUCCGCGCCCGUGCACGGUCCGCUGCAGCGCCUGCGCCUCGGCAGCUGCGCGCACGCCUCCCCCUGCGAGAACCAAUCGCACCUCCACGCCGUCCUCGCCAACCCGGCGAUCGCGCAUUCCGUCUCCAUCUCCGAGCUCACGCUCAGCUCCCCGUUGGCACCCGAGGCCGUCCUGGGCCUGGUCGGCGGCGGGCAACAGCGGCACCAGCUUCCGACGGCCGCGGUCCCCGCGUCCCCGGCCAAGCCCCGCCUUCCCUCGCUCAAGACCGUCAACCUCACGCAGCAGUUCCCGCUCGCGAACCUGCACCCGGAGGAGGAGUCGCCCCUGCAGUCGACGCUCACCGCGCUCAGCGACUCGCCCCUGGAGCGCCUCUCGAUCAAGUGCUACGAGGACGACAUCGACGACUGCUGCGAGGCGCUCGAGGGCGUCUUCUCCCCCGCCGCCGUCCUCGCCCAGUACGGUAUCAAGGAGAUCAACGUCACCGCCGUGCCUGACGAAGAGGAGCCCAUCUCCGACGACGAGGAUGAUGAUGAUGCGCUCUACACCCCCACCGACGACUCGACAGCUUUGCGCGCGCUGCAACUCUCCUGCUCCGGCAUCCGCCUCUCUGGCGUCGUGACCGCAUCCGGCUUCUCGCGCACCAUCGUAGCGUGA